AAGUAGUAGACCUAGUAGAAAAUACAUUCACUAUAGUUUCUACCCCAUUUUAUGAAAUUCGGCGAUAAUAUCGAACAGUAUUUCAUACAACACUACUUAGACUAAAACAACACAGUCAGCGGAGAAUCAGUAGAAAAAUGGCGGCUAUCUUCGAAGCCUCGGGCAAGAUCAAAUCCGAUGGUCCCAUUAGACAAUGGAAAAAGUAUCACUUCUGUUUAUACGAAAACUACAUAAUCUCAAAGGAAAAAGAGAGCUCCACCGGCAUCGAUAAGGAAAUUUCGAUACGCGGAUGUCAGGUCGCGUACGUGAAGACAUCGCGGAGUAAACGGGAUUGCCUGCAAGUUAUCACGGCAGAUAAAGUGCAGUACCUCAUCAACUUUGACCCGAAAACUGUGGAAAAAUGGAUUUCUGAGAUCGAGAAGAUACACUCGGCACAGAAGAUUCAGAAGCAAACGUCUCUGCUGUCUCAUGAGGAGGUAACGCUGGCGAGUAGUCCCACAGUGGAGGAUGCCAAGAAGAAGCAACCAGCCAUGCCAGAGGUGGUGCAGUUCGACACGGACAACAAUGCUUUCAUGAACUUACCGAAAGCCUGGAGCGCCAUGCUGGAGACCUCCAACAUCUCCAAAGACUUGCAAGCCAAAGACCCCCAGGCCGUGCUUGAUGUGCUUCAAUUCUACGCCAAGAACUCAGUGCAUAUGAGUGAUGACUUCGACCGGGUCUACUCGAAGUUCACCCACUCGACGUACAAUGAGGGGCUUGCCCCAUUGGUCCCUGCGAACGAUCGGAAGAGCAGCGUGCUUCUAAUGUCAGAGAAGAACAACAUAGCCGUCGAGGAGCCUGAAAUUAGCCCUGCCGAACCCAGGUGGAAGAAAGAAAUCGAGCAACGGCGAUACAAAACUGGUUCCACUGGCUCGGAUUCAAGCCAUACUAGUCAGAGCGAUGCCAACAGCGCAACGACAAUCAGUCCUCGUCCAUCGAAGAAUUCUAUAGACAAAACAACUGCCUCUCCGGUUGUUGCCACCCCCAAGAGAGUCUUCGAUCUACCGUCAGAUACUCCGUUCUAUGAGCUGAAGAAGCGACUAUGGAAUGUGGCCAAGUUUGAAGGAAAUCCUCUUGAAGUCUACACGGGCGCAGUAGUUGUCGGCAAAGGGGCCUCGGGGUGCGUUUACAGCGCCACGAAAAAGGAUGGAACGGGCGUGGUAGCGUUGAAGGAGAUGAAACUUAAAGAACAAGAUCGCAUCGAUCUGAUUGCUAAUGAGAUUGAAGUGAUGAGAGACAGUCAGAAUCCAAACAUUGUGAAUUAUAUUGAGAGCUUUCUGGUGGAGGAUGUUCUCUGGGUGGUGAUGGAGUAUAUGCAGGGUGGUUCACUGACUGACACAAUCGAAGCCAACUUCUGCACAAUACCCGAAAGCCACAUGGCGUGCAUUGUGAAGCAGACCCUCAAUGGCCUAGAUCACUUGCACAAGCAAGGCAUCAUCCAUCGCGACAUCAAGAGUGAUAACUGCUUGCUGGAUAAUCACGGCAACGUUAAAAUAACCGACUUUGGUUUCUGCGCGAGUCUGACGCCUGAAGACAACGCAAGAUACACCAUGGUAGGCACACCCUACUGGAUGGCCCCAGAAGUUGUGAAGCAGUCCGCAUACGGACCAAAGGUCGACAUAUGGUCUCUGGCUAUUAUGAUUAUAGAGAUGAUUGAAGGGGAGCCACCAUACCUGGAUGAGGAGCCACUCAAGGCCUUGUAUAUGAUCACUACCAUCGGCACCCCCGAGCUCAAGCAUCCCGAGAAGUGUUCUGUCGAGCUGCUCAACUUCCUCGGUGCCUGCCUGACUGUGGACGCGGAGAAGAGGAGGACCGCGGCAGAGCUGCUCAAUCAUCCUUGGUUGAAGCAAGCCUGUCCUCAGAAGAUGCUGGCUAAAGACCUGCUAGAUGUUGGGUCUUCAACCAAAGCACCAGCGGGCGGCAACUAAUUCGCGAAGCGUUUAAUUUGAAAUCAAUCUGCGAAGCAAUUAAUCUGCAAAGCGAAGCAAAUAAUCUGCAACGCACUACUCUGCACCACAGUUUGCAAUGCAUCAGUCAUGAUCCUGAACAGUGAGAGGAGGUCGGAAGUAAACCAACAGAGGGAUCGUACCCGAUGAUAUAAUCCUUUUUAUAAGCUCGAAAGGCCGAGGCGUCCGCAGGUUCGCGUAAUUGAAGAACUCGUUUCAGUCAGCUGUCUCAGUAAAUAGUUUGACACCAGUACAUAGUUUGAUACUAGUAGGUUGUUCUGGUAGUUUGAUACCGGCCAAUAGUUAGAUAUCCGUAGUACGCUACACUUGAAGAGGUUUAAACCUGAAUUAAAGAAAUGAAGUAGGAUUUCAGGGGUUUUUGGCUCUUAUCAAAAUUGGAAUUGGCUACCGGUAAGUGGUUUGAUACCGAAUAAAAAUUUUGAAUAAGGAUUUCAGGGAUUUUUUGGCUGUUGUUGUCAAGAUCGAAAUUGAAAUGGUAAGUUGUAACU